CUUUCUACUCGGACGAACGGCAUUCAGAGACGAAGAAGGCUGUUAGUAAAGCAGUCAAGGGAGUGAAAGUAAGGUUAACAGUUCUUGGCUGUACUGGUUAAAUGCGCCUGGCCAACUGCGACAGGAUCAUCACCUCUUUUGUGUAUAAGCAGCGAUCAUUCAAGAUACUCUCUCCAGCUCGCGCGCAGAAUCGAAAUCUCUCAACCAUCAGCAAAAGGAUGGCAUCUUCGGCAACGAAAUCAUACAGCGGCGUCACGCUUGCUGAACUUCCCAAGUCUCAUGUCUUUACAGAAAAGCUUCCUGCUGACCCGCAGGUGCCCACUCCAGAAGCAGCCAUGGACGCAAAAGAUCCCGGCGUCUUUCUUCCUCGUGCCGUCACUGACGCUGCAUUUACAUACGUGAAGCCGGGGACGCACAACAUUGAAAAGGCUAAGCUGCUAGCUGUUAGCGAGGCAGCUAUGCGAGAUCUUGGACUCAAACUUGAGGAGAAGGACACGGACGAGUUCAAGGAAGUUGUUAUCGGCAAUAAGAUAUACGAGGAACAUUUCCCGUGGGCACAGGUUUACGGAGGCUAUCAAUUUGGGGAAUGGGCCGGCCAGCUGGGUGACGGAAGAGCAAUCAGUAUUUUUGAAGCUACGAACCCUGCCACGGGGGUCCGAUACGAAGUACAGCUGAAGGGUGCAGGCAGAACUCCGUUCUCGCGCUUUGCGGAUGGAAUGGCUGUCUUGCGAUCGAGCGUUCGCGAAUUCCUGGUUUCAGAAGCUCUGAAUGCUCUGUCGAUUCCUACCACUCGAGCCCUCUCUUUGACCUUAUUUCCCAACGAAGGCGUUCGUCGUGAGACCAUUGAGCAGCGAGCUAUUGUGGCGCGAAUGGCGCCCACCUGGAUCCGAUUUGGGAAUUUUGAUAUUCACCGACGCCGAGGCAACCGCAAGCUUUUGAAAGCGCUUGCAGAUUACUCGAUUGACGAGGUAUACGGUGGGCUUGACAAGAUCAAGGCGAGCGAUCCAAAGGCGUAUGAAGGCCUUUCGAGGUAUCAUAUAUUCUAUAAGGAGGUAGCUCGAAGAACUGCUGAGACCACCGCUCUUUGGCAGACUUACGGAUUCAUGAACGGAGUUUUGAACACUGACAACAUCUCGAUUUUUGGACUGAGUCUUGACUUCGGGCCGUUUGCCUUUAUGGAUACUUACAAUCCAAUGUACACUCCAAACCAUGAUGACCACCGCUUGCGAUACUCAUACCGGAAUACCCCCACAAUCAUGUGGUGGAAUCUUGUCCGACUUGGCGAAGAUCUGGCAGAACUGUUUGCGGCCGAGAGCGAGGAGUUUGUGAAUUCUGAGCAGUUUAUUGAGUCUGGUAUACCCGAGGAUAAACUUGACGCGUUUGUUGAGAGGGCAGAAAAGAUCAUCGAGGGUGUUGGCGAAUACUACAAAGAGACGUUGGAAGCGGCGCACUCAAAAGCGUUUGUAAAGAGAUUAGGUCUAACGUCUGUGAAGAAAGAUGACUCGGCAGAUGGUAUUGUUGACUCUGUUCUUCUUUUGCUGAAGGAGCAGCAGCUUGAUUUUAAUCACUUCUUCCGGAAAUUGGGCCGUGUCAGAUUGUUUCCUGGCGACGGCGAAGAUGAAAGCAGUUUGACUACUGAAGAGGAUAUAAAGAAGAUUUUCCUGACUCACGACCGCGGGUAUUCAGUUCCCCAUAUUGACGACUCAGCAAAGAUUAUACACGAUUGGUUAUUCAACGAGUACAAAUCUCGCCUGGUUGAGGAAGGGAACGUGAACGACAGCGACCGGAAAUCACGAAUGGAUAAAGUGAACCCGAACUUUAUCCUACGAACGUGGAUCAUGGACGAGGCUAUUAACAGGAUCCAACGACAUGGCGAUGCGAAGUUUUUGGAGCACGUGCUGUAUCUUGCGCUGCAUCCAUUUGAAGAUAGUUGGACGUCGGAAGAGGAGGAUAAAGAUAAAUACGAGGCGGAGAUGAAGUUUAUUGGCGACGUUCCGCGGCUGAAGCAGGCGUUGACUUGUAGCUGCAGCUCUUGAUUGCGCUGCUGGUCCAUGAGAAUGUGAAUUUGGGUGUAUAUACAGUUGCAAGAAAUUCAUCAAAGAUUAAAUUUAGACCGCUUUAGAAUUGCAGACGCG